AUCAGAGCAAUCGAUCAGAGGAGUAAAGUCCAGUUCUCUUUCUUACUCGUCCGUCAUUUUCACGUAGUUUCUGCCUCAGUCGCUGAUAUUUGAAACCAGAAUGGGAACCGACUUGACUUUUUCCUCUCGUCGGUCCCCUGUUGUGUGUUUACACGGCUGCGUGGCCUCCAGCCAACCUUUAGCUUCCAGUAUAGGACUGGAUGUCCUGAAGCGUGGUGGCAAUGCGGCAGAUGCUGCAGUUGCCAUAGCAGCAGCCCUGGCAGUAACAGAGCCGUGUAGCACCGGCCCUGGUGGAGACGCCUUCUGCUUGUUCUACAACGGAAACACUGGAGAGAUCAGAGGGAUUAAUGGCAGUGGUCAUUCUCCCCGAGCACUGACCCUGGACUUCCUGGAAGGACAAGGUUACACCGCAGAGAGGCCUCCUUCAGUGUUUGAUGCUCUGAAUGUUACAGUCCCUGGGGCCCCAGCAUGUUGGUGUGAUACUGUGCAGCUGCUAGGAAGUCACAAGCUGUCCUUACAGGAGGUCCUGAGUGGGGCUGUGGAACUAGCAGAGGUGGGGUUUCCUGUGGCUGAGUUAACAGCUCACCACUGGGCGAACUGGGUGUCUGCUUUGAGGGAUGCUGGAAAGGAACUGGGUGUAGAAUUGAUGAUUGACGGUCAUGCGCCCAAAUGUGGACAAGUAUUCCAAAACACUGGCCUGGCUCGAACUUUGAAGGAGCUCGGUGAGCGUGGCAAGCCAGCUUUCUACCAGGGCAGAGUGGCCCAGGCCAUUGUUGACGUCAUCAACCAAAAUGGGGGAGUCAUGACCUUGGGUGACCUGAGCAGCCAUGACAGCGAGGUCAUCACCCCCAUAAGCACAGAGUACAAGGGUGUACGUCUGUGGGAGCUUCCUCCUAACAGUCAGGGACUGGCUGCCCUGCUCAUGCUCAACAUCCUGGAGAACUUUCCUCAACUCAAAGCUAAAGGCCAUAACAGCUCUGACUAUAUCCAUGUACUGGUUGAGGCUGUGCGAUUGGCUCUAACAGAUGCUCUGCGUUACCUGGGUGACUCAAGUCAUGUGACUAUCCCUUUGGAAACCUUGCUGGACAAGGGCUACAGUCACCAGCGAGCACAGCUCAUCAGCACGGACAGGGCCAUGGAGCGAGUGGAGCCCGGCCUGAUGACAGGAAGUGACACGGUGUAUUUCUGUGUGAUAGACAGUGAGAGGAAUGCAUGCUCCUUUGUCAACAGCAACUAUAUGGGCUUUGGGACGGGGCUGGUCCCUAAAGACUGUGGAUUCUCACUACAGAAUCGCGGCGCUAACUUUUCCCUGUGCCGUAAUCACAUAAACUGCGUUGCUGGGAGGAAGCGGGUGUAUCACACCAUUAUACCUGCACUCCUCACCGAUUCAACAACCACAUCACAAAAACCCCGGCUCCUUGCUGCUCUCGGCGUGAUGGGAGCUUUUAUGCAACCACAAGGACACGUACAGGGUAUUGCCUUUAACUAA